GGGAUGUAUGGUUUGUAUUGAGUUCUUCGGACUGUGAAGACUGACCCGAUGUCUCCCUGCUCUCUUCCAGAUUCCAAGGGAUCCCUGGAACCACACAAACCAGUGAAGGGCAAGAAGAAGCUGAGGAUAACAUGUCCUCCCAUCAAGCAGCCCCCUGUCAACACCACGCCGCCAAGGAACUUGGACUCCAGAACCUUCAUCACCAUUGGAGACAAAAACUUUGAGGUGGAAGCUGAUGACCUGGUGACUAUUUCAGAGCUGGGCCGGGGGGCCUAUGGUGUGGUGGAGAAAGUGAGGCACGCUCAGAGUGGCACCAUCAUGGCUGUGAAGAGGAUUCGUGCCACAGUGAACACUCAGGAGCAGAAGAGGCUGUUGAUGGACUUGGAUAUCUCCAUGAGGACAGUUGACUGCUUCUACACUGUCACUUUCUACGGAGCCCUAUUCCGAGAGGGUGAUGUGUGGAUCUGCAUGGAGCUCAUGGACACUUCCUUGGAUAAAUUCUACAAGAAAGUACUGGAGAAGAAGAAAACCAUCCCAGAAGACAUUCUGGGAAAAAUGGCUGUGUCUAUUGUACGAGCUCUGGAGCAUCUGCACAGUAAACUGUCUGUAAUCCAUAGAGAUGUGAAACCUUCCAACGUGCUCAUCAACAAGGAGGGACAUGUGAAAAUGUGUGACUUUGGGAUCAGUGGCUACUUGGUGGACUCAGUGGCGAAGACAAUGGAUGCUGGCUGCAAACCGUACAUGGCUCCAGAAAGAAUAAAUCCUGAGCUGAACCAGAAGGGCUACAAUGUGAAGUCGGAUGUCUGGAGUCUGGGGAUCACAAUGAUCGAGUUGGCCAUCCUCCGCUUCCCCUACGAGUCCUGGGGCACCCCGUUCCAGCAGCUCAAGCAGGUGGUGGAGGAGCCCUCACCCCAGCUGCCUGCUGAGCGCUUCUCCAAGGAGUUCGUGGACUUCACAGCACAGUGGUGAGUGUGGCAGAGGCUGGGCUGGUGUGUGAG